AUGGUGGAAUCUUUAAAGCGGUCAUCACCGACAAUGGGGGUUUCAGUUGAUGGCGUAACCUGCGUUCGUGAUAAGUAUAAACGGCGAAAAGUCUCGGCCACAAGAGAUUUUCCGAAAGAUUGUGGUAGAUGUGCUGCAAAUUUGAGUAUUAAAAAUGUUGAAGAGCCUCUAGUUUCAGACCAUUCCAAGUCUAUGGAUCAGAAGGAGUUGAUUACUCCAUUAAAAGGUGGAAAAACCAAAGAUAUUGAAUUGUCAAAAUCUUUGAAAGACCAGAUGGAAUCUGAAGAACCUAUAAUGGGUGAGUUUCAACCUCAGCCGGCAAUGGAUGCUGUUACCAAAGAUGCAUCUGUGCCUUCGAAAGUUGCGGAUCGAGCUGAAACGUCCUGUUUAAAUUUGGGAAGACUUUGUAGAAAAUUUCCUCCUAGAAGAACAGUUUCAGCUGUCCGAGAUUAUCCGAUUGGAUGGAGCAAUGUUCCAAGAUUAAGUAACGAGUCUUUGAUGGACACAAGUGCGGAUAAUGAUAGCUCAAGUGAUAGAGAAAAUAAACAACCAAAACAGAUGGUUGAGGCUGAUUCUAGGCUAACUGGAGAAAAUGUUCAGGAUGAUCUGAGAAGCAAUUUGAAAAGGAGUGUUAUGAAAAACUUUGUGGAAAAUGUUAGAGUUGCGUCAGAUCGAAUUAUGACAACAAAGGAUGACCAUUUUGAAGUCGGACCAACCGCAGAGGAGAAUGAUUUCAAGUCACAAGUCACAAGUAACAUAGAUGAAUCAAACACAAAUCCUUCAUCGUCAGUUCCAAAGUCACCACAAUCAACUUUGAGUGUGAAUCCGUUAGGGAGUCCAGCCUCUAACGAUGAUAACGUUGUAACUCGCAACAAGGUUAGAGAUACUCUUCGUUUAUUUCAUGAAACGUACAGGAAGGCUACACGAGAAGAGGAAUCAAAGGUGAAGGUGCCCGGAACUCAUUCCAAGAGGAUUGAUUUGGUAACGGUCGAAGAGUUGAAGAAAGAGGAGAAGUGGGUGAACACCGGUGGUAAAAUAGUGGGGCAUGUACCAGGGGUUGAGGUUGGAGACGAGUUCCAAUUCAGGGUGGAGCUUGCUCUCAUUGGUCUUCAUGGACCUUUUCAGGCUGGUAUCGAUUUUGUAAACAAAGAUGGCAAAUAUCUGGCAACAAGUGUUGUGUCCUCUGGAGUUUACGAUGACAUUGAUAAUUUUGAUGUAUUGGUAUAUUCUGGUCAUGGAGGAAACCCAUCUGGCGAGAAUAAGAAAGCUGAAGAUCAAAAGCUUCAGCGGGGAAACCUUGCUCUAAAGAAUAGUGUAGAUGAGAGAACUCCAGUUAGGGUUAUUCGUGGAUUUAAAGAAAUGAAAAGACCUGAUUCUCCUGACACAAGGAGCAAGUUGGUUACGACGUACACUUAUGAUGGGUUGUACUUGGCUGAACGUUAUUGGCAAGAGAAGGGACGCCAUGGUAAUAAUGUCUACAUGUUUGAACUGAGAAGAAUUCCAGGGCAACCCGAGCUUGCUCUAAGAGAAAUACAAAAUUCGAAAAGAUCGAAUGUACGUGAAGGUCUUUGUGUAGAUGAUAUAUCACAAGGCCAGGAGAAGAUGCGAAUCAGUGCCGUGAACACAGUAGACAGCGAAAAACCACCUCAAUUUAAGUAUAUUACCAAAAUGAAUUACCCAUCAAGGCACAAUGUUAUUCCCCUCGAGGGGGGUUGUGGAUGCAAGAAUGGAUGCUCUGAUUCAAAGAAAUGUCUUUGUGCAGUAAGGAAUGGAGGAGAUAUCCCAUUUAAUCGGAAUGGCGCUCUUGUGGAAGUGAAGCAUCCCCAAAGUCUUUAUGAAUGUGGACCGCUUUGUAAGUGUCCUACAUCAUGUCAUAAUAGAGUUAGCCAACACGGCAUCAAGUUUCAAUUGGAGAUCUUCAAAACUAAGUCAAAGGGAUGGGGAGUUAGAUCCUUGAGCUCGAUACCCUCUGGAAGCUUCAUUUGUGAGUACACGGGGGAGCUCCUUUCGGAAAAGGAAGCAGAUCAAAAUACUGGAUUCGACGAGUAUCUUUUUGAUCUUGCGAGGAGUAAAAGCAGCAACCAAAGUCCGGAAGAUGACUCGCAAUCAACUAGUAUCUCGGACGAAAAUGUGGAAGAUGGGGAGGGUUUCACCAUUAAUGCCCUUGAGUAUGGAAAUGUUAGUAGAUUUAUCAACCAUAGUUGUUCACCUAACGUUGUCGCCCAAAAUGUUCUUUAUGACCAUGAUGACAAGAGGAUGCCGCAUAUAAUGCUAUUUGCUGCUGACAACAUCCCUCCGUUGCAAGAAUUGACAUAUGAUUAUAACUAUGAGUUAGGCUCAGUGCAUGAUUCCACGGGAAAUAUAAAGAUAAAGGAAUGUUACUGUAGUUCUAUAGAGUGCAGGAAAAGGAUGUAUUAAGGCAAAUUGCAGAGUCAGAUUCUGUGAAUUCGGUUGGAAACUGUUGAGUUAGAAUCAUUUUAAGAAAUUCGGAUGAUCCCACAUAUAGUACUGCAGGUACAUGCAUUCAAACCAGGGGAUGCAGAAGCUACAAGAACCACCUCAGCAGCAGAAGCUUCAACAGCUAAUUAAGGAGGCUUAACGUGGGC